UUUGAGUUUUCAACUUGGAGCUUGUAUUUUUUUCAAUAAAACAGAUUAAUUCCCUACAUUCUUACACUUUUAUUGGUUUAAAGGAUAAUUAAAAGUUUUGAAACAAACACUAACCAAACAAAAAAAUAAUAUCUCUUGUGCAUUGCUUUGCUUCAGGUCAUUCUAACUAAAAGAAUAUCACAACUGCUGAGCCCGAUAACCCUCACUUAUUUGUCCGACAUAUAUUAUCAAGGAGGGAAUAACUAAUAUUUUUUUUAUAAAUAUUUUUACCAUAAUUUUUUUUAAGGAAAAGUCAGCAAAUCUUGUAUAUGCUGAGUAACCCCCAUUUGAUCUUAUAAGCUUCACUUACCCUUGUUGUAUACCUUGAUCAAACUUUCUAUCGUUUCUAGCUAUUAUUAUCAAUCAUGACUUCAACCCAAGUUAUUGGUUCAAAUUCCAAUAGUGGUAGUGACAAAAGCUUGGUCACUGGAGUUAAUGCUGGCGUUGGCUCAAGCACAACAACUUCUUCUAACCAUCCAUCAUUCAAACGUCGUUUAAGUUUGUUUUCAUUUGGUUCUAGCAGUUCGUUGUCAAGAAAGGGUUCGGUUUCUCAACCUGGACCAAUUAAUACCAAUGCUUCAACUUCACCAUCCCAAAAAUCACAAUUAAUGUCUCCAAUAGUUUCUCCGGAUUAUGAAGUUGAAUCUUCUACUCCACAACAAUCUGAUAUUUUUGAACGUUCAGUUCAAGAUUCUUGUUGUUCACCAACAGCUUCUGUUCCUAAAUGUAACCGUUGUGUUUCAACACGUUCAAGAAGUUGUACUCAUAAUUCUUCAAUUUCUAUUCAAGGUGGUCAAUAUUUAAAGCAAGAAGAUUGUAUCCCUGCUGCACUUGAUGCAACAGCUUCUCUCUUGAAUGAUAAAGAUACAAACCUUGAUAAUGUGGAAAUGAUAUAUUCAAACAGAAGAAAUUCAUCUGUUAUUGGACUUAAUAUGGCCUUGGGUAGACCAUUUGCACCAUCAAGAAAAAACUCAACUUAUCUGAUGAAUAGUUUUGCCGCUCAGCAAUCUCAACCACAACUUCCAACACAACAAUCCCCACAAACUCAAACUUCUAGUGUCUCUCCUCCAAAACUUACUAGUUCCAAAUCGGCAGUUAAUUUCUACUCAUAUGCCGAUAUGAUUAGUAAUGAUGAGUUUUCAAGAAGACCACUGGGAACUCCUCUGCAUUCACAAUCUUUUGUACCAACUUUACAAUCUUUGCAAAACUCAGCCUCUAUUUCAACUUCAUCUACUGGUCAAUCUCAAUUAUCUUCCCCUCCAUCUUAUCGAUUUGGACCUUUACAUAGAUCUAGUACUAGUGGGUUGGAAAGAUCAAAUUCAAAUGCCUCGAGUCAAUUUUCUCAUUUAUCAAAGCAAAUUAUGAAACAACAACAGCAACAAGUUAAAUCCUCAAAGUCCAAUCUACAACCAUCACAACAACUGAUCAAUAAGAAGUUUUUAAUUUCUCCAGAAUCUUCUGAUAAUGAAGAAAAUGGUGAUUAUGUUAAAGAAUCUGUUGGUCGUCAUAUGUCUAUUUCUUCUGGUCAAUCUUUCAAGUCUAGCUUUUCCCAAGGGGUUCCAGACAAUGAAAGUUUGGUUUCUACUUCUAUUGGAGACUGUAUUAGAAGAACUCAUACAGAACUUAAUGGAAUUAGUACUACAAACUAGUGUUUCUAAAAUAAAAUGGGAUUACGGAUUUAAGGUCUACGAUGGUUUUUGCAAUCUUAUUUGCAUCAUAGUGUGAUAUAUUGUUUUGAGAGAAUAUAAUCUUACUCAAUGAAGAAUAAAAAAAAAAGUGAAAAGUGAAUAUUAAAGCAUUUUGCUCAUUUUUGUAAUUAUA